UUCCAAACGUGCCCAACUUCAAGUUGUAGAGACGUCGAAGCUCGGAAUUUUCAACCAAUGAUGAAAAUUGACAUAAAGUAGUCGUAUCAUAUUCUUCUUUUUUUAUGACAGAGAAUCGUUGACAGCUAUCGUAAAAUAGGUAAAAUAAGUGUAUCCCUGUUCCAGUACGAAAUCACGUUUUAAUAAAUUGGUUAAUUACCUCGGUACAGGAAAAUAUGGCUACAGUAUCAUCAACGAAGGAAUUUUCUUUGAGGUGGAAUAAUUUUUCUGACAAUCUGUCUUCUGGUUUUCUCUCUCAUUUGAGCGAGAAUGAUUUGGUUGAUGUAACACUUGCUGUGGAAGGACAGUUGUUAGCUGCUCACAAGCUAGUCCUUUCUGUGUGUAGUCCCUAUUUUAAAAACAUAUUUAAGGAGAAUCCCUGCCAGCAUCCAGUGAUAAUAUUGAAAGAUGUAAAACACGCAGAAAUUGUAGCUUUGUUGAGGUUUAUGUAUCAAGGAGAAGUGAACGUGAGGCAGGAGGAUCUGCCAACUUUCCUAAAAGUGGCACAGAUGCUUCAGAUAAAAGGAUUGGAGGGCAGCGAAGGGCAAAUCAUACCACUGUUAAACAAUUAUGCCAAUGUAUCGGAUCCGCAAUAUGAUUCUGAAAAUGUAACUAUCUUACCAGAUGUCAUGAAUGAACGAGAAAAUACUUCAGACGAAUCUCCACAUUCUUACAAGAUAGCCAAGAGAAACACCAAAAAGAGAAAGAAACAUAUGGUUGAGAAUGAUUACAAUUUAAUAAAAGAAUCUAAAAGUGAGCCAAAUGUUAACAGCAAAGAUAUCUGCCUCUUAACAGAUGAUAAUGAGAAAGAAGUUAAUGACUCUGAAAGUGAAAGGGACAACAUUGCUGGUCAUGUCAAGCAACUUAACACAACCAGCAAUGCUAAUAAUGAUAAUGAAGAAAUAAUCGAGUUGCCUAAUAAAUCGAAUAUGGAAGAAAAUUCGAUACAAUCAGCUGUGGAGCCAGUGAUUUAUAGGCUAUCCGCCAGAGGCAAGCCGCAACUGGUUCACGAGGGAUACGUGUAUAAUUUGACCUCUCGUUCAAAGAUAUACAACAACUCGCAUUACCGUUGCGCGGAGCAGCAUCGCGGUUGCCGCGGCAAAUGCUCGGUGAUCGCCGAAAGGUUCAUGCCGACGGGGGUGCACGAUCAUAAUCAUCCACCGAGUUAUCAAUCGGAAUACGAUUACAGAAAGAAAAAAGGUUUAGACACGAGCAAUGUCUAAGGGACAUUACUUCAUGCUGCAUUUCAAAGUACUCUAAAAUUAAACUCAGAUGCAUGUAUCUUGCUCUAUAUAUAUCUUCAAUACCCAGCAAUUGGAACAGACGAUAUGCUACAAGUAAGAGAAGGUAAAUGUUCAUAUUUUUCUGAUUUGGACUUAAGAAAACAAAAUAAUUUUUGUAUAUUAUGUAACUCUUUGAUCCCAGAGAUCAAAGAUUUAUAUCCUAGCUUAGAGACCAUUACUGGCAAAAUAUAGAAUCUAGAUAUUAGUCUUGUAAAAUAAUUAGAUUCUAUAAUUUGGCAAUGCCGUGCGCUCUGCUGUUCAGUGAAAUCGAUAUUUCGUUCACACACAUAAUUUGUAUUCAUAGUAAUAGACAUUCUGAGAAAUUAUUCAUUAUACCAUUACAUCAUCAAAAGUAUUAUAUUUCUAAAGCUUUGUAUAAAUGUUUUAAAGCAUGAGCAAAUAACUUUUCUACGAUGGACUUGCAUUCCAGUGUGCUUUCAUGUAAAUAAAAUUAAUAAUUUUGUAUA